CGCAAAACGGCGUGAUGUAAUAAAGCGACGGUCAAAUAUAUGUAGAUUUGCGUUGUAGGUUAUAUUUAUGUUUAUAUUCUAUCAAUUUUGUGUUUUAAUAUAAAUUAAUAUAAAGAAUAUAUUAUGUUUGAAGUUUUAUAUCUAAGUUUAAUGUUACUUACAUGUAGAUAAAACCUGGUAAUGGAUAAUUUAAAGGCAGCUAGUUUAAUUGUGAUCAAUUAUUUAAGUAAAUUAAUAUUCUUUAAUAUAAAAUAUAAUCACAAAACAUAAAUAAAAUGUUAUGUAUGCGCAAGCGCAAAAUCGUCCAAGAAUCGUUCCGUUUCACGAGACAAUCUCGGUGUGUGACGUUAUACCUCGUCUGGACGAACAUUCCGGUAUACGGAACGCACCCCUGCUAACCGCAGAUUAGGUUAUCCUUGGUUUGUCUUCCCGUCACUUCGUUCCAGGACAGAAUAAGGAGAUCACGGAUUUUUAAGGCAGGAGCUACCUAAAGGAAAGAAUAACCUUCAUGUCAGAAUUGACGAUGAAUCUGAACCAUAUUAUUAAUUUGUUGAAAGAUCGUUGCACAGAAAUGCUGGUAGAUGAAGCGGAAAAUCUUUUGCCGAACUUCCCUUUAAGAACUGUUCAAAAGUUCGAACAAUUUCAAGAAAAUCUUGUCACAUCCUUGGAAAUACAAAAACUAUAUAUUCGCGAAAUAAAAAUGGUCGGAGGAUCUGAUCCAGGCAAAUUCACCAGAGCUACAUUGCACUUUUUAAUAUCAAAUGAGCUAGCAUUGCAGUAUUCCUGGUCUGGCCAAAAAAACACGCGGAAAUUUCGAGAUACCCUAAUUUCCCAACUCAUUGUCGAAACCAUUUCGAAAAUAAAGAAUGUUCCUAAGAGCGAUAUCGAGACAAUUAUAAAGAAGUGGUUGCAACACGCUAGUGACCGAUUAAAGAAUCGAAAAUAGAUUAUUUUAUGACGGUAUGAUUAUCUUAAUGACGGUAUGAUAGCAUUAAACAAAAUUGUUUUUUUUCAUAGUUUAUUAAUUUAUUGGGAGUAUUGCUGAUCUUGGUUUUACAAUUAUAGCCGCGUUAGUUACGCUCUGUCGACGUUUCAUAAAUAGUGUAGUAUGCAACCCAAAAACCAAGAGUAACAAUACUCCUAAUACAUUUAUAUUUCAUAUAAAUUUAUUAUAUUUUAUUUUUCUAACGACAAAAUAUUCCUUUAUAUAACACGGGUGCAUGUGGAAUUGACAUUUUAAAAUAUCUUAUUAAAGAAACACGUACAAUUGUCCGUCAGUUGUCUUUCAAAUUUAUAAAGUGUUAUAAUGUUUCAUACUUUUUGGUAUAGAUUCAAAAUUGAUAUAGAUUCUAAAUUGGAAUAUUUUCAAGAUUAUUUUGAAUAAGUGUCAUUUAGCAUUUUUAUAUGUAUAUUGUGUUGUUUCAACCAAAUGAUCUCCUUACAUUUGAACUUUCAAAGACUUAUCGACGAGAUUUUGUUAUAAUUUUAUUUUUUUUUAUAUCCUUAGUUUUCAGUUUAAGGAGACCUUUGGCAUAAGAUUUUCCUCUUGAUCUGCUUCUAAACAUUUUGGUUGUUACAUUGGCGACAUUUUUGUAACAUCUCCGCAAUAAAUAGUUUCUAUUUCAGAAACCUUUCAAAGUAACAUUUUAUUUAUAAAUUGUUUCUUGCACAUUCAUGCAAUAUAUUUGAGUAGUUGGGCUUAUGUUGCACAAGCAUAACACAAGUGAAAUACAUGAUAACAAGCGAUAACAACCAGAAUUUUUAGUAGAUCGUAUUCUUUGCCACGUUCUUUAAUAAUUAUGUUAAUAAAAAUUGUUAAUAAAAGUUGUGAUAAUAAGUUGUGAUAUAGUCCACAUAUAUUAAUAGUAAAGAAUAUAUUUAAGUAUAAUUAAAAAUAAUUUUAUUUUUGAGACGUUUGGUGCUAUACUUGUUAUUUUUUAUAUGAAAACAUUAACUAUAAGUAUUGACAAUAAAUUCAAUAUUAGAGUCCCAGAUAUAAGAAAAGCGCGAUUAGUGUUACGGCUACUAAUUGGCUUUGUCAUGUUCCUGAAAAACAAAAUAUAGUUAUCUAUUGUUAACGUUUAGCUACUCGUAAAGAAUAUGUUAUUAUUUCAAAAACUUAUGUAAGAUAAGUAUGUAGUCCCAUGAAAGAGAUAUCUGCGAUAAAGAGAAAAUUACCAAACCAAUUAGUAGCCAUUCUAAUCAAUAUUAAUAAUUUGUAUGUUGUUAUGACAUACAAAAGUAUAUAUGUAUUAUACGUAUUAUUUAAUCUGUGAUAUUGAAACCAAAGUGAUU